UGAAUCACCAUCAGCUGUCAUGAGUUGUGAAUGGAAAUAUGGGCCGGUGUCAAGACCGUCUCACGUUGAUGGCGUCAUUCUGUGGCGCCAAAACAGUCUCUUCUCAGCUUCUUCAGAGUACCUCCAUUGUGGACAUACACACUUAUCUAGGACAAAAACAGAAUUACCUGUGUGGUGUUUAAUGUGUCACCCAUACCUGCAGUUUUUUUAGCGCGUCUAGUGGUUUUUAGCCCCCGUCGGUCUCGCCAUGAACGACGACGAUGGUUUGAUGGCAAGUUUUCAUUCACGUCAACUCCAUGCUAAUGUGGCGUCUGUUCCUGAUGGACUUUGCUGGGUGUCAAUUCUCUCCUGUCUACUGCUUGCGUGCUCCUAUGUUGGAAGUUUAUACGUUUGGAAAAGCGAUUUACCAAGGGAUCAUCCUGCAGUGAUAAAGAGGCGCUUCACCAGUGUACUGAUUGUAUCCGCUCUGUCUCCAGUGUUUGUGUGGGCAUGGAAAGAUUUCACAGGCAUCCAGCCUGGUCCCUCAUUACUGGCCCUUAUGGGGAUCCGGUUGGAGGGUCUUAUUCCUGCUAUCGUUCUUCCGCUGCUAUUGACCAUGGUGCUGUUUCUGGGUCCUCUGAUCCAGCUAGCCAUGGAUUGCCCCUGGGGUUUCAUUGAUGGGAUAAAAGUUGUAGUCGACCCUUGCUUCUGGUCUCUGUGUCUGAGUGACAUGCGCUGGCUGAGGAACCAGGUUGUGGCGCCAUUGACAGAGGAGUUGGUUUUUCGGGCAUGCAUGCUUCCCAUGCUAGUACCCUGUGCAGGCCCCUCCACUGCAAUCUUCACAUGUCCACUCUUCUUUGGUGUUGCUCAUUUUCACCACGUAAUUGAGCUCCUGCGGUUCAGACAGGGCACGGUCUCAGGGAUUUUCCUCUCUGCAGUGUUCCAGUUCUCCUACACCGCAGUAUUUGGAGCUUAUACAGCCUUUAUAUUCAUCAGGACAGGUCAUUUGGUGGGUCCUGUGCUGUGCCACUCCUUCUGCAACUACAUGGGUUUUCCAGCUCUCAGCACGGCCCUGGACCACCCACACCGCCUCACGAUUCUCUCCUUUUACGUGCUGGGGGUCGUUCUCUUCUUCCUCCUCAUCUUCCCCAUGACUGACCCGCUCUUCUACGGUUUUCCCACACCCGUCUGCACCCUGACCUCCACGCCUGGAUCCAUCUGCUCCUGAUCCAUCCAUACCUCCAUCCCGCAUUUCAUCCAUUCCUUCUCUCCAGCCAUUUGAAAAGGAAUGGCUGUUUUGCUGCUGGUUUCACCAGGAGAGUGAGGGACUGCUGGAGAACAGGUAUGAAAAUUCACAGCCUCUGUGAGGUGGUGCGUGGAAGAACUCGGUGGAUGCAAAACAUCCUCAGGUUGCACUGGCCAUUCUUUUCACCAUUCAGCCGACGUUGCAUUAUCAAGUGACUUCAGCUACAGGCCUACGUUUGAUGAAGACAAAUUAAUUAUAUGCGUCUGCAUGUUUAUAUGACAAUAUUUCAGUGUGUUUAUCAUUGGUGCUGGGGCUAAAGAUCAGACACUAUUACGGGUUUCCUAGGAGGAUUUGUAUGCUGAAAUGUGCAUUGCUAAAAUGCUAGAUUCCCUAUUUUUUUGUUGUGAUAUUAGAAUCUUGUUUGCAUACACCGUACCUUGUUUGGUCUGGUGCCCUUACUUGAAGACGACAUUCAUUUUUAUAGACUUUUUUUUUUUUUUUUUUUUAAAUUGUCUAAAUAUCACGUCACUCAAGUCAGUAGGCUUAAAUUUAAAUAUAUGUCUUUAGGUACGCUUUUGGAGCAAUAGACCUAGACCUAUUAGAGUAACAAAAUGUACUGAGUGUGUAUCAGAAGUUGAAUUGCCCUGGCCUGAACACACAGCUUUAGGUCUAGAUAGAAUUGCGGCCUCAUGCACAUUUCAAAUAUGAGGUCUUUUAAAAGUAUUGAUCAGUCCUGCCUUGGCUGUUUGCUAAUUAGAAAAAAAGAGGAAUUACCAAUUACUGUUUAUAUUGUAUAGAUUUUGACCAAUGGUAUUUCAUUCGUAUUUAAUGCAGAGCUAAAGACAUUCUUUUUUACAUCAGCAUAGGGAUCUUGUGAAUGUAGUAUGGUAGCACUGAAUAAUGUUGAGUUAAAUUCUAGACUUCUGCUUUAGUAAUGGUGGAAAUUCCAACACUUUCGUUUUAUGACUACUGUCUUGUAGUCAUAAACCACCUGCAACAACAUUGAAACUACCUAUAUCAGAAUUACACUUUGAGUUCUUUGGCCGAUAUGUUUUACGUUCUAAAUCUAAAUGCUAAGCUUUUUAUAGACCUUUUAUAUAUUAAAAAUGACACAGUAACGGCCUCAUGAAUUUUUAUGCGGGUUCCUUCACCAUGGAGUGUUAGUGAAAACUCAUACCACUGAUCUGCAUGCUGCUACACUGGUGACAUAUGGAUGUUCGAAUGAUGAUUGCUAUAGAAACGCACCAAAUACAACUCAUAACAGCUUCUAGGAAUAGUUGACCCAAAAAUUACCCACCCAUUUACCCACUGUUGUGUCAUUACUUCUAAAAACCAAAAGGCGAUAUUAGUCAGAAUGUUCAUGCUGCUCUUUUCCAUUUAAUGAAUGGUGAACGGAAGCUAAAUUCUAAAACUUAUUGUAGUCCAUAUGACUUAAGUGCUAUAUUCCACUCAUUUGUGUGAUUUGAAUAUGCAUAUAUUAUGCAUUUUUGGAUGAGCAUAACAUUUAUUGUGUGUUCCAAGAAAGAAAGAAAAAAAGAAAUGAGUGCAAGUAAAUUUUUUACAUUUUGCGUGAACCCUUUAGCAAGUGUGGCUUUUAAAGUUAUGUUGUUGUAUUUGGUUUCAGUUCUCAUUAAUUGUGAAAGCAGAGUGUAUAGAGAGUGUAUAUAUAGAACUAUCAUUUACUUUAUUGCUUGUAAUUUGUUGAUUAAUAUAUUGGCAUGGCUUGCCCUCACAUUUAUUAUGUGUGCAUCAUAGGGUCAUUUGUAGGCUUUUCUGUGUUGUGAGAGACCAUGCAAAGUAAACCUUUUAAGCAAUAGUCUCACAAACAGGAUCAAAUCAGGGAUUUCCAUCUAGUGCCACGUAAGAGGUUUGUUUUGGGUGUUUCUUUUAUUCAUUCCCAAAAUAAUUUCUUAUUUGGCUCGCUACAAAGAAAACAGUGAUAUCUAUAACAUCACUUUGAACAGCCAAAGUUAUAGUAGGAAUUUAUCGCAACUUGUCCAAAUUACUACAGUGAUCUGGUUUACUUGUCUCUAGCGUUAAAAAAAAAUUGUGUAUCAAGUGUGCCAUAGUGUAUAUGACUGUACUGACGCGUUUACCCAAGGAGGAUGCUGUAUGUAAGCACUGUUUAACUGUGACUGGCUACACGGAAUGCUGCUUUAGUUUAGUUGCUUUGUGGUUGCGGUCAACAGAGGGCGCCAGAGGACCAUUGUGUGUUUGUCUUUUCAUUGUAGUCUUGAUUAAGAAGCAGUCACUUCCUUGUUUAUUAAGAAACUUUAUCCGUAUUGCUUUGCAUAUUUAAUCCUGUUAUUAGAUAAUUUAAUUAAAUUAUACCCUGAUACGCAAAGAACCUGUGGAAGAAGGUACAUUUUUUUUUUUUUUUUUUUUUCUUUGGUGUGCAUAUUUGGAAAUUCACUUACUGUUCUAGAUUUGAGCUGCACUAUGGGUUGUUUGGAUUGGAUGCCAUGUUGAAUUGUAAUUGUUAGGGAAAGCUGAACGCACUGGUGCUCUGGUGAGAACAGGCUUCCUGUCAGUGCUGUGAAUGAUGACUGGUGUAACUUUUAGUAGGAGAAUGUUUGUAGUGAAUAUGUGUCAGGAGCUUGUUAGUUGUCACAGUCCAAUACUCUCAUCCUCACUUUCUUAAUUUGUGAAGUCACUGCAUUCAUUUAUUUUCGACUUCUGUUUUUUCCUUAGUGUCUUUCAUCCCCUGUUUGAGUUCAGUGUUCGUUCUUCUAUCUGGUUGUUUGCAAGCAAAACAUUUGCACCAGGGCUUGCGUUUUAGAUGCUUUGAACGUCAUAUUUACAGUAAGGAGGAGCAAUAGACGUUCAAAUCUAUUUUUGCAAAUGUGAAAAGUAGCGGAGCGCUGUUUUAGCUCAUUGAAACAUCAUCUUAAAAAAAUGUAAAGUAUUUGAGAAUCUCUACACAAGAUGAAUUGUAUAGACUGGUUGUUCAUUACAAACAAGUCUGAUGUUUAUACUGAGAGCUAUAUUUUGUAAUCAAAUCUAUUUUGGUGACUCAGAGAAUAAUGUGCAUGCUAGUUGUUUUUGACUAACGUGCAAUGCAAUUUUCUGUAAUUCACUGAUGGACAAAUGUUUUAUGACAAUCUUUCUGGGUCUUUCAAUCCACUCUGCAAAACUCUGCCGUUUGUAAAUAAAUUAAAGGUUUUUAAACACC